CCCGCUCCCCACCCUCAACCCCGAUCGGUCUGUCAGUGCGCGUCUUCUAAUUGUCACACCAUUCGCGAUAACAGAGAUAACUCUGUUAAGAAUUCCAGAUACAUUUCCCUUGGACAAGUGCUCUGCCCCGGAAGACACGUGCACCGAGGAAGUGGUACAAGUUCUAAAGCGCCAAUGUCACGCGGCACGUGUCAAGUUAUACCGACGAAAAGCACGAGCGCCCGUGCCAACGGGACGCGUUGACGUUUCUCGUUAACGUUAAUGACAACUGUGAAGGCGCACGCUUUCGGUCUUUCUCGCUCGCACCGAUCGAGAGCACGUGUUAAAUGCGAAGUGCGCGAUUUUAAUUGCAUCCACCUUCGAUCGGUAUCAUUUGCCCCGAUACCUUCAAGAGGGGGGCCGUACCAAUUAGAGGAGUGUCCUUUAAGGAGUACACCAAUUAUCCACUCGAUGCCCCGGAGCAGCUAGGAAACUCUGUGCGGACUCGCGGUACUUAAUUAAACGCGUUCCGUGAAGCCAGCGAGAAGAGUUAAGAGAGUGUAACACACGGAGUGUAUACAGACGUACGUGUAUUUGUGAUACGUACACGGAAUUCUGAAGAGUAUCGGAGAAGGUAAGACGUCAAGGAGGAAGAGACGUCGUUCCUGAAGGAAGAGUUUAUUCGAAGCGUUCCAGCAAUUAUACGAUUAAACGUGUACAGGCGAGAGCGUGUGUCAAAGGAAUAACGAGAGAGAGAGAGAGAGAGAGAGGGAGGGAGAAGAGUAAUAAUAAUAAGAAGAAGAAGGUCCAUGCGCGAAAGUAACGGAACGCAUAAACAUCACCUGUCACUUCGCGGUGAGUAGCGUGUAACGAGUAACGGGCUAAGCAACCGAAAGGCCCAGAGACUUCGAGUGCCAUCCCCGUGGGCCUUAUUCGAACCACGCGCCUUAUCGCGGGGCUGGCGCCUCGUUUCCUCAAUGUGAACGGUGAUCAGUGUCCUGGAUAAGGGUUGACUGAGAGCCCACGCGACCGAGAUCUUCAAUUACUGUACGACAGUCUCGACGCGCGAAUGAUAAGUGCUAUCGACUGUGUGUGCGCCAGAGGAAAUAACAGUGCAGUGCUGCUCGAUGAAUAGAUAAAUCGAGAGGUCGAUCGAUCACAACCCGAUCGUCCCAUUCAGUGAGAGUGACCGGUAACGAAUAGGAGUAGGAUUGGCCGUGGGGGGCCGCCGGGACCAACGGCAAGUGGUGAUGCGGUAGUCGAAGGAUUCCCGAGGGAAGCCAUGAGGGCGGCCGCCGCCUAUGUCCUGUUCCUCGCCCACCUGAUACAGGCGACAACCGGUAGCGGAUUCUUCGAGGUGCAGAUCCUCUCGUUGACGAAUAACCGGGGGACUCUGGUGGACGGAAGGUGUUGCGGUGGAGGAGGAGACACCACCGGAUCGGGUGGUGGCACUUUACCACCGUGCACUACACCCUGCUCGACUGCCUUUUGGCUAUGCCUCAAGGAGUACCAGUCGAAUGUAACUGCCAUCGGCUCCUGCAGCUUUGGCAACGUAUCUAGUCACGCCCUGGGCCAGAACACGUUCACCCUUAACGAACCAGCUACCCUGCAAUUGCACUUCACCUUCAGAUGGACGAGGCAAUUCACACUGAUUCUACAAGCCCGAGACGAGGCCAGUGCUGGGGUUAUCGAAGAGGCCAGUUACAGUGGUAUUGUCUUACCUGGACCUACGUGGCACACCCUCAAUCAUCAGGGAAGAAAUGCUCAUCUGGCCUACAGAGUGAGGGUCCAGUGUGCAGAUCAUUACUACAACGCCACGUGCACAAAAUUCUGUAGACCCCGGAACGACAUAUUCGGGCAUUACACCUGUGACGAGAACGGAGACAAGGUCUGCAUUCAAGGGUGGAAGGGUGCCGACUGCGAAACCGCUGUCUGCAAAGAGGGCUGCCAUCCUGUUCACGGUCAUUGCAAUGUAAGUGGCGAGUGCAAAUGUCGUCACGGAUGGAGAGGCGAAUUCUGCGAUCAGUGCACCCCUUAUCCAGGAUGCAAACAUGGCUAUUGCAACGGUUCCAGUUGGCAAUGUAUAUGCGAUACCAAUUGGGGCGGGAUUCUCUGCGAUCAGGAUCUCAAUUAUUGUGGCACGCAUGAACCUUGUCAGAACGGUGGAACAUGUGAGAACACUGCUCCUGACCAGUACCGAUGCACGUGUCCUGAAGGAUUCUCAGGUGCCACCUGCGAGAAGGUCGACAAUCCGUGCGCGUCGAAUCCGUGCCUGCAUAGAGCUACCUGUCGUGAACUGGGUGAAUCAGCGCACUGCGACUGCGCGCCAGGAUUCGCGGGACCCUAUUGCGCUACUGACAUAGACGAAUGCGCUUCGCAACCAUGUCAAAAUGGCGGCACGUGCGUCGAUGGGAAGAAUGGCUUUGUCUGCCACUGUCCAUCGGCUUGGCAAGGUUUACUCUGCCAGUUUGAUGUCGACGAAUGCGCCCUCAAGGAGUCACCCUGCAAAAACUCUAUAACGUGUGUCAAUCUGGCUGGUGAUUACAGGUGCCGAUGUCGAAGCGGGUUCACGGGCAAGAACUGCACGAAGAACAUCAAUGACUGCAUUGGACAAUGUCAACAUGGUGCGCUCUGUAUUGACCUGGUCGAUGACUAUCAUUGUUCCUGUACCGCCGGGUACUCUGGAAAAGAUUGUGACAUUGAUAUUGACGAAUGUGCUUCGAAACCGUGUCAAAGUGGGGGCGAGUGCAGAGACCUAGUGAACGCUUAUGAGUGCGUAUGUCCGGUUGGCUAUACCGGUUAUCAGUGUGAAAUAGACCGGGAUCAUUGCAGUUCGAAUCCAUGUAGAAACUCGGCUCCUUGUUUCAAUACUCAAACAGACUAUUACUGUCACUGUCCGGAGCAGUGGCAGGGAAAGAAUUGUUCGGAACCGGCUUCUCACAACCCGCAAUUCGGAUUGACUGACGAAGAUCUUGGCUGCGGAAGCGAAGGUGCUCCCUGUGGCGGCCGUGGCAGAUGUAACGGGGGUCGAUGCAUAUGCGACGCUGGAUAUACGGGUUUACACUGCCAUGAAAAUAUUAACGACUGCCGUGGAAACCCCUGUGUAAAUGGAGGAACCUGUGUCGACCUGGUAAACUCAUUUCAGUGCAUUUGCAGGGAGGGUUGGAGCGGUGAUCUUUGCGAUCAAGAUGUGGAUGAGUGUACUACUUCACCUUGUAGAAACAAUGGUACCUGCGUAGACGAGGUAGCGGACUUUACCUGUAUUUGUCGCGGUGGUUGGAAAGGAAAGACCUGUGCCCUUCGUGGCGGCCAUUGCGAACCUGGUACCUGUCGUCACGGUGGAACAUGCCAAGACAGGGGAGAUGGUUUCACCUGCCACUGUCCACCGGGAUGGGAAGGCACCGCUUGUCAUAUAGCUUCACCAGCUUGUGCCAGCAGCCCUUGUGAAAAUGGCGCGACUUGCGUUAACACUGCUGAUGGCGACUAUCGGUGCAUCUGCAGGGAAGGAUUCGAGGGACCCAACUGUUUGAGAGAUGUGGAUGACUGUCAGCCUCUUCCUUGUCUGAAUGGUGGAAGAUGUGUCGACGGAGUCAAUUGGUUCAGAUGUGAAUGCGCCCCAGGAUUCACCGGACCCGACUGUAGGAUUAACGUCAACGAAUGUGCUAGUGAUCCUUGCAUGGGGGGUGCUACGUGCAUAGAUGGAAUAGCCAGCUAUUCGUGUGUCUGUCCUCCUGGACGAACUGGUAGCCACUGUGAGAUAAGAACAGCUGGAGAUCCAGGAUGCGUGGCAGCAACUUGGGACGACGACUGCAACGUCUGCGAGUGCCGAAACGGCAAAACCCAGUGUAGCAAUGUCUGGUGCGGACCAGGGAACUGUCUCAAUGGAACAUCAUGUUUAGCUCAUGAGGUCUGUGUACCGUCGCCCGGUGAUAGUUGUUUGGCUCCGCUUUGUCCAGCGUGGGGAGAGUGUCGUCCAGUAGAGACCGGAAGAAGAGUAGGUCCGCCAGCACUGCCGGCGCCACCGUCUUGUUGGCCUGGUCAAGCCACGCCAGGCCCUACGUGUUCCCGAUUAUCCAUACUACUACGACGCGACACCCUGGCUGUAGGCACCUCCGUGGAAUUACUUUGUAGAAAACUCAGGAAGCUUCUCGCUGAUCCAAGAAGACCACAGUCGGUCGUUCUCCUCUGUGAUUUAAAGCUGGGUGAUAAUAAUACUGUCGAGGUGACAAUAUUUUCGGAGGCUGCGGUUGACGCAGCCCGGGAUCUCGGUGAUGCCCUUACCAGGUCCCUCAACAGACCUCUUGCUCUGGCUUCCGUCCUGGAAGUCAAGGUAGAGACGGCUUCACUCAAUGAGCCAAAUUCAUCAAAUGGUAGUGGCAACGGAUACCUAGCUGUUCUCGGUGGCGCUCUAGCGAUGAUAUUGUUAGUGGCAGCCUUAGGUGGUGCCUGGUACCUUAGAUCAGCGAGGCAAAGAUCCGGACUAACGGCAACAACCAGUAGUGAAACAUCUCUUCAUCGACAUCGCAGUGACCUGGAUGAAAAAUCCAACAACUUACAAAACGAAGAGAAUCUCAGAAGAUAUGCGAAUCCUCUGAAGGAUCAAGACGUAGGAGAACCAAGAGUAUCCAUAGUGAGACCUCUAUCAGGAACAUCUCUAGGAGCCUUGGGCUCUGCAGAAGAAAGUUUAGAAAUGGUUUCAGAAGAAGGUAGACAUCGUCUACCACCUCUGUACAAACCGCCAAGUGCAGAAGCUCGGAAUAACACGGCGAGCUUUAGCUACGAGGAAGGACCUCAUAAGCCAUACAGCAAGCCAAGACUUCAGGAACCCUCGUACUCCCACCAGCAACCAGGUACCAGCCAAACCGGUCCGCACCAGGUGCUAACCGUACACGUGUAAUACAUGAAAUUGCGAUCUUCCACUUUAUACCUAUAAGACGUUGUCAUAGAGCCGCUGGAUGCAGCAAAAGAAUCAGAAAGAUUUACAGAGGUACUAAACAUAACUGAGAAUUUGAGAGAGCGAGAGACGCUGAUAUGAAGAGUGAGAGCGAGAGAGAGAGAGAGAGAGAGAGAGAGAGAGAGCGCUGGAAAGAUUGGGUGAGAGAAUGUCAGUAUAUACGACUGUACCGAUGCGUAAGUGAACGCAUGCUUUUGCGCGCAUGUGUGUGUGUGUCAGAAAUACAGAAGAUCCAAGGCAAAAUGUACACGUCCCGGUUUAAUCGUAGAGUCUCUAAGCCUGAACAGAUGGAGAUCCCGUUGGAUCAUUGAUCGUAAUCGUUUCAUAUCUUUCACACGGCUAUGAGCGUCAUUCGGAUGCCGCGAGACGGGAAACGAUUAUGGCAUGAUGGCCAAUUGCGACUUAUUGCUAAGAUGACGAUGACGAAGACGAGGAUAAAUAAAAGAAGGCAAAGGAUCUCCCAGGUGGAAGUAAUUCUACGAUCCUGACAAUAAAUCAUCGGAGAUUAUAAAUAAUGAUAAUAAUAAUGCCAAGUUGUUAUCGUUGUACAUAUGUACAUAGCCCGUACUUAUUAAUUUCGCUAAGCCUGUAUCGUCUUAGUCUAGAGAGAAACCCAGUGCUCUAAAAGACCCCAAGAAACUGCCCCUCCCUCCCU